AUGGAUCUAUCUACCACUCAAACACGGUUGACACCUACAGGCAACGGGUGCCGCUGCAAACCCACCUCCACCAGUAAUGAUCAAAGUAACCCCACCACCAUCAGCUCUAAUAAUCAAAGUAACUCUACCACCACUAGUAAUGGUAAUCCCACAACUAUUGGUAAUAUCAAUCCCACCACCACCACCAGUAACAGCAUUCCCACCACUAGUAAUAGUAAUCCCACCACCACUACCAGUAAUAGUAUUCCCACUGCCAACAGUAAUGAUCAAAGUAACCCCACUACCAUCAGCUGUAAUGAUCAAAGUAACUCUACCACCACUAGUAAUGGUAAUCCCACAACUAUUGGUAAUAUCAAUCCCACCACCACCACCAUCACCAGUUACACCACCCACAACAAUGAAGAUAAGAGAGUUGUGAAAAGAGUCCUGCAGCAACUUAAAGAAGAAGCAGAGAUUGACAAGGCUGCCCUCGACUUAAAAUAUAAAAAAAUCAGGCAUUUGGAAGAAUACUUAUCUCUUCAAUAA